AUGGCAGAAAUCGAACUCGAGCCUCUAGUUGACCAGAGGACCGUAUCAGAGGCGGGCCUUUCCGCCAGGUCAAGCGGCGUUCAGUCCGCUCCAAUAUCUGACUUGGAAGGGCACGAUGAUCAAACAAGUGCACAUGGCCGGGCAGAUCGAACGGGUGCCACAUCAGAAAGGGCUGAAAAAACCGGGAAGGCCUGUGAUAGUAUAAAGCCGAGGUCCUCCAACUUCGCGUGGACUACGGAGCUGGUGAGCUAUUCAAUCGCACUAGCGGCUUUGCUCGUCAUUGUCGUGAUAGUUCGAGCGCGGAAUGAACAGCCAAUACCGAAUUGGCCUAUCUCCAUUAAUUUUCUGGUCUCGGUCUUCACUUCAAUCUUAAAGGCCGCGAUGCUUAUGCCGGUUGCAGAGGGUAUCAGCGAGCUCAAAUGGGUGUGGUUUGCCAAUCCUCGCCUCCUCAGUGAUAUGGAUGAAUUCGAUUUGGCUAGUCGAGGGCCUCGAGGUUCAUUCCGAUUCAUCUUUAGGCUCCCCCAGAACAAACUGGCCUGUUUGGGCGCCAUGAUAACUUUACUCAGCCUUGGCAUUGAUCCUUUCACUCAGCUCGUGGUUCAAACAUAUGAGUGUCUAACAAUCGGACCAGGUCUAGCAACAAUCAAUAGAACUAACAACUAUACAGCACAUGGUCCUGGAUAUCUAACUGAUUGGCGUGUUGACGCUCCAAUGGGUCUUGCUAUUCUCGAAGGGGUAUUAAACCCACCUGCAAAUGCCACAGCAAGCCUCCUUUUCGAUUGUUCAUCUGGUAAUUGCACGUUCCCAAGAACGUACUCAUCUUUGGCCAUAUGCUCCUCUGUGAAGAACAUCUCUGAAAGAGUCGUACCAAGUGGUAACAAUUGGAAAUUGCCUUCCGGCCAGAAUCUUACAUAUCACGGUACUGUUUUCAGUUCGGCAGAGACCAAAAUCACGGAAUUCACAGAGGACACCCCUCUAUUUGAAUUCGAAGCCUUGAUGCAUGGUGCUGGCGGUGUAUUAGCUUUUACUGCGAGCUUAUACCCCUGCAUUCAAAUAUACGGGAAUGCCAAUGACAAUAUUACCAUUUCGGCGAAUCAAAUUCAACAGACUGUUAUAUCGACAAUGAAGUUGCCUCGUAUCAAUAUGGCUUGGCCAUACUACUCCCUAGCAGGAGCCGUGGCCUCAUUUGAAGGUAUCGACUGUUCAUCAUCAGGGAGCUCUCUAGGACCUAAAACCGUAGCAGCAAGACGUUUGAAAUCUGGGAAGGACUAUGUUAUUCAGCUCGAACACUCUGGGUAUAUUUCAAACGUUUCCGACGAACACAUUGCCGCCUCUCAGGCCUUGGUAUGGUAUGAUCCUGCCUGCACUUGGACCUUUGGAAUAUUUUCAUCGAUAGCGAUCCGGUCAUUCCUUGGUGGCAUAUUUGGGGAAGCAGGCAAUCCAAAUAAAGUGGCAGGUCUCUGGGACACGGCCAAUGGUGACCUUUGGCUUGAACUCCUCUAUCUCGAUGGCAAGUCCAAUCUUACUUACGUGGAAAAGUACAUAGAGCGCCUCGCGGACUCCAUGACUGCUGGCAUCCGUCGAAACGGGGACGCUACAAACAGUGCCCAUCUUGUGGGAGAGCAACAAAUCCCAAGAACUUGCAUCCGAUUCAGAGCAGUAUAUCUGGCUUGGACUGCUUUUCUUCUUACGUCAACGGCAGCGUUCUUUUCAGCAACUUGGUGGCGGUCAAGAAUUGCAAGCAAGCAGGCUGGACGUGGGUCUUGGAAGUCAUCUUCCUUGGCCUUGUUAUGGUGUGGACUGGAAGAAAAGGUGAAAAACCAGCGUGGGACCCUUGACUAUGUGAAUGAGGAGAUGAAGCCACACAGCGAACUGCUUGAGAUGUGCCUCACGAGGGAGGUAAAUGCUGCAUCUUCAACGGAAACUGUGCAAGGACAAGAUUCCACAGCCGAUGGAUCACCGUUAGAAUUGGACCAAGUGGACAGCGGAACUGAAAGCACAACUGAUGAAGAAACAGACUCUAGAUCACUAAGGAGAGGUAGGUGGAUCCUCCAAAAAGAGCGCGAAUUACCGGCACGGAAGCAGGAGCUAUUCGUGCGUAGCUGGGCGUCCAGAUUGAGCAACUACAUUCCAAUUUGA